AUGGAUCGAUUCCAGAUGGUCUUUCAGUACUUCCAGUCUAAUUCAGAAUCAGUGACAAAUGGGAUCUGUUGCCUAUUAGCAUUGGCAAGUGUGAAGAUUUACACCAUCUUUGAUUUCAAUUGCCCUUGCCUUGUUAAAUACAACAUGGCAUAUGGCUUGGGAAUAAUGUUUAUCCCACCAGUAGCACUUUUUCUCUGUGGGCUCAUUGUCAACAAGCAAUUUGUUAUGAUGCUUGAGGAGUGGAGGAGACCAACUGGAGAUAGAAGGAAGAAUCCAUCCAUUAUCAGGUACAUGUGUUCUUCUGUUAUGCAACGGGCUAUGAUAGCACCCACCAUUUGGAUCCUAGUUAGCCUCCUUGAUGGGAAAUGUUUUGUCUGUGCCUUCAGCAAUUCCAUUGAUCCUGAGAAAUUUCCAGGUUUUGCUGCCAACAUCACCACCUAUGAUGCCUUACAACACUUCCUUGCCAAAAUCCCAUGUAAACAUGAUGAGUUGAUGAGGAAUAACACUUCCCGCAAGGCAGUGUCCAGGUAUCUCAAAUGCUGUUCACAAGCUUUUGGUUGGAGUCUUCUUUUAAUCCUCAUCGUGAUGGCCUUGCUUGCUCGUUCUCUCAAGCCCUGCUUCAAUCAUGCCGCCUUUUUGCAAACCCGCUACUGGAGCAAUUACAUUGACCUUGAAGAAAAAAUAUUUGAAGAGACCUGUUGCGAAAAAACACGUGACUUUGCACACAAGUGUAUCCUCCAUUUCUUUGAGAGCAUGCAGACAGAAAUCAAACUCAGGAGGUUUAAUGCCUACACAGAAGAAAAGGGAGCAAAAGCAAAGGAAAAUAUUCAUUUGAGUGGCAUCACUAGCCAGGAGCAAAUAAGCAAAUUUCUUUUGUCCUGGUACAAUAGGAAACCUCCACUGGAUUUAAGCCAAGCAUACAGGCAAAGAGAUUAUACCUUUGCAUUGGACAGGCAGCACAUUUAACAGGUGCCAUCCUCAGCCAAACAAACAGAUGUUUAAAAGAAAGUUGAAACGGGUUUAUCACACUUAGAAAAUUCCUAUGUCACAUGGCUCCCCACAGCAACAGGGUUCUACUGCCUUGAUCUGCAAGACUAAGCAGCUGAGCUUUCCCAAAAAGCAACUGGAAUUAUUUAAAGAAUUGAAUUUAUUUUAUCAAGUUUACCACUUUUGUUUCUACAUUGUCCAUAGAUCAUCAGACAGAACAUAACAUGGUUCAGAGUAUAUUGUUUCCCAGAACAAGACUGGCUUACACAUAACUCAGAGGCACAAUUUUUAAAAUCAUGGUAUACUGCAGUCCCAACUACCUGGGUUUAUCCACUGUCCUAAGCAAUAAUCCAAUAAUGGACAAAAGCAAACAGCUUAGUGCAAUGCAGAAACCCAACCGUGGUGAAUUAUAAUCUGGUUCAUCAACCAGAAUUCAAAGACUCUUGAAGCAAGCAAGUGUGGUAGAGUUGUACUGAUGUGAUAGAAUUGCUUGUAAAGGCACCAGACAGAAUCUGUUUGUUUGUUUGUUUGUUUCAAUUGAUAGUCUUAUCCAACAGAGAAAUAAAUACAGAAAGCAAAUUUUGUUAUUAGAAAAACAGUUGUAAUUGUUAGUAAAUAAUGAAAGCAUGCAGUAAAAAAGAAACAAAUCUUUUGAGAUAAGAUGUGGUGGUGCAGUGAUUAGUAUGCAAUAUUGCAGGCUAAUUCUGCUGACUGUCAGGGGUUCGAUCCUCACCAGGCUCAAGGUUGAUUCAGCCUUCCAUCCUUCUGAGGUUGGUAAAAUGAGGAGCCAGAUUGUUGGGGGCAAUAGGCUGACUGAAGAGAGUGCUGUAAAGCACCGUGAAGCAAUAAAUAAGUCUAAGCGCUAUUGCUAUA